AUGGCCAAAAAAGAAGAUCUCUCGACAACUGCUGGAGACAGUAAAAAUCUUCUCGAGCACUUCAACGCCCAACAAUUAUUCAAUGAAAAGCUUAAAUCCUGGUUCGACGGAUUUGAAAGUGUGCUCAGUACUCAGACUGAUCUAGUCGUGUGCCAUGUCACCGAGGAAAGCAAAGAAUUGAGUUCCCGAAUGGAUAAAAUUGAGUCACGGCUAGAACAAUUCGAAAAUAAAAUGGACCGUAUUGAAACCCUACUAAUUGACAUCUCGUCGGGCUUGAAAAAUAGUCCACCGCAACAGCCCGACCUCCACUCCGAAGACCAGUCUGUAAGAUCCCCGCCUCCAGAGAAGGUUUCAACUUCAGCUGUCCAAAUUGAUGAUGGUAAAGCCCCAGCAGGGUCUCAUGCCAAUAUGCCGGAUGAGAGCAACGAAUUUAACACUAUCGAAGAGACAAAAGAUCCCGUCUUGUCUCCCAGCCAAAAAUUUGUCAAAGAUGCCUGGCCACAAGCAAUACUUCGUCAUGAAAUCAAUCAUGAAACAAACACCAAUGUUAGUAACAAUGUGAUUCUUCGGCCGGAUCUUUUCCUCGAUAAAGCGGACUCUUCUGUAUUUGUGAAGCUUGCUGAAAUCCAAUCGGCCUUCAGAAUUUCUUUGGUUCCGUACUGGUAUUGGCCAUGGCGGCUUUGCCAACAGAUGAGGGACGACUUCCAAGGCACUCGUGUUUGGGCCGAAGAAAAUAUUUUCGUGACAUGGCCAAUGCUCCUGGAGGAAAUUUUCAAGACUAUGCAGCGACUAGGUGUCCUCCAUUCUCCAGGGACUAUUUUCUCCCGUCUCACCGCUAGAAGCGGAGAACACAUCGAUUCCUUCGCUAUGCGAAUAAAAGAUUCUUACUAUCAAUUAUCGAGACUGGAUAGAGAAAGUGACAUAACUCGCAAUGCCCUUUCUUACAUCGUACAAACUUACAUUCCACAAGUUUGGACGCAUCUCCAGCCGAUGAUGGUGGGAAAGCCGAAUUAUCAUUGUAUCGAUACCCUUGUUCAGAUAGCAAGAGGAAUAUCCAUGUGGCCAACACAGGUAAAAUACUGUGUCAACAAAAAUUAA